AUAUGUUUUUGUCCCAUCUCUAUGUUUACGUGUAUAAUUUUAGUUUCGAUUUAUUUACCAUUAAACUUAUUAAUUAAGUAAAUAUGACGAACCUCCAACGUUGGCUGUUUUACGCAUCGAUAUUUGCGGUGCCAUAUCUUUCAAUUUGCUUGGGAACAGUGCAAACGCAAUUUACAAACAAGUAUUUCUUGCAUGUUCAACUUUUACCUCUUUUACUUCUGGUGAUUUUCGGCAUCUAUUCCGUUUGGACUGUUCUAUAUAGAACUCUCACUUUUAACGAUUGUCCAGAGGCCGCCAAGGAACUUCAGGAUGAGAUUCUGGAGGCACGCAAGGAUUUAAUAGCCAAGGGAUUUCGGUUUCGCGACUGAAGAGCUGGGACUUCAACCUCCCAAGACCUGUGCAUGUUGAUCUGUAAUUCCAUUAUUUAUAAAAAUUCACGCAAAUGUUCUCUAGACCACAUUUUGUGGGGGCGAACUGCUUGUAAGGGUUGAUUUCCCCAGGUGCCUAAGACAUUUUGCUGAGGUUUUGUAGACCAAAGCUAAGAAAAUUCUUAAGAAAUAAAAAUGGACAGCAUUCAGGAGUUUUACGUGCAAUUCCUGAAUCGUAAUAGAAAGUAGUCAGUUUAAAAUAAUCCUCAACUAAAUAAAAACUACUUAAUACUGUCGAA